AUGGAUCCUCAGGCCUUCCUCACUGAAAAUCGUGGAGAAUUCCCCAAGGACUACGAUUAUGACAUUCAGGCAACCAAGGCGUUCUAUGACGAAAAUCGUGAAACGAGCUACUGGCAUUUCCUCUUCGCCCUCUCCAAAGUGCCAGAAUUGGGCGAUACGGUAUUCCUCCUUCUCAAGAAGCAGCCCUUGAGGUUCCUGCAUUGGUAUCAUCACAUCACGGUUCUCAUCUUCUGCUGGCAAUCUCAAUCCGAGCACGCAUCGACAGGACUUUGGUUCUGUUCCAUGAAUCUGGUGGUGCAUUCCACCAUGUACUCGUAUUUCGCAGCAAGGACCCUCGGAAUUAAUGUGGGGAGAGGGGUGGCCAUGUUCAUCACUGUCUUACAGAUCCUCCAGAUGGUAAUGGGUUUGGCACUCAGCCUCUCGGCAGCAUUCUUCAAGCUCCUUGGCAUCUCGUGCCAUGUCACUCCCUAUAAUGCUCUCUUGUCAGUCCUCAUGUACUUCUCUUAUUUGGCUCUCUUCGUAGCCUUCUUCCGAGACUCCUAUCUCAGGAAACCAAAGGUCAACACCAAGAAGGACUCGUGA